UUGUCGGCUACACCAACAAUAAAUGGAGAGUUAGAGCUUCGAACCACAAAACAACCAGUUUAACCCCUGUAAACGAAGGGUUAGUGAGAGAAACAGACUGAAACGGUGUGAAAAACUGACUGCUGUCUUUCUGCUGCAGCUUUAGGAUACAGAUGGUUAUCCGGUCACACCGGUUCUCCUGUGGAUAAACAUUUCUCAGGAGUGUUAGCAUGAUGCAGCUGGAGGCCCCGCUGCGGCUCUGUCACAACUGUCUGUGGUACCACAAAUUCUCUCAGCGCCUACUAUCACUUUCUGCUACACACAGGUCAUCUGCAAGCUACUAUGAUGUUCUUGGGGUUAAGCCAGAUGCUUCGUUGGAAGAAAUAAAGAAUGCGUUUUUUGACAAAUCCAAAAAGCUUCAUCCUGACAGUGACCUAUCUAACCCAAGCCUCCAUAGUCAGUUUGUUAAACUGAAUGAAGCUUACAGGGUGUUGAGCAAAGAGGGCACCAGGAAGGAGUAUGACUUCCGAAUGACGUAUCACACUGUGGGCCAGAGAUUUAGACCCUCCUCCAGAUACACACACAACCCCAGUUCUUCUGAGACGACCGAGAACAUGCGCUACUGGGAGCAGUUCCAGAAUGCUCAGGACUACUCCGAGGAAGGCUGGCAGAAGAAGAGGAAGAAGAAUUUGCAUCUAGUGGGCUAUUGCAUCAUCGCCAUGCUUCUGAGUAUCGGCGCCCAUUACUUUGGGUUCAGAAAGCUGGAGGAAGUACAUAAUGACUUCAUGGACAAAAAGGACAGUGUCAUCACUAAAAUCUACAACGAGUCCAAAGAGAGAGCCAGGGUGAAUGGCUUUAAGAAGCAACAGGAGAUCCUGAGACAGAAACACGCAGAAUUUCUGGAGAGAUACAAGCUUCGUCAAAGUGGCCGAGAGAAGUAGAAAUAGAAUCAUCCAGACAUCACGAAGACAUGGUGGAGUCCUUUACUGGAACUGAGUGCACAUAGAGGUAGCAGGAAGCUCCAUCAGACAGAUUAAAGGUGCUUCUAGGUUGAAAACAAAUUAUAAUUAAUAUGAUCAUUGUCAGAUGUUUGUGGACGCUUCCAGGACGCACAGAAAACUCGUCCAUAAUUGAUUACAAAACAUGAAAAGGGUCUGAUGAUGUGCUUUUUAAUGAAGAGUGUUCGGGGUGUUGUAUAUAGUAUAUAGUUCUGUCCGGUAUGGACCACUGCAGGUAACGGUCACUAUAGAAACAGGGCUACAAAUGUGCCAGGCUCUUGUUCGACAUGAGGUGUCCGACACCUGUGUGUCUGCAGCAUGCCUGGGUUUCCUGCAUGGGAUUUUAACUGUACACAGCUGUGUGUGUGUGUGUGUGUGUGUGUGUGUGUGUGUGUGUGUGUGUGUGUGUGUGAGAGAGAGAGAGAGAGAUA